AUUGUAUUGAUUUGCGUGAGAAGCCGCACUCUAUUGAUUGUUGUAAGCCUUUAAAUAUAAGGCUAGCGGUAAUUUAAAAAGUCCUCAACAAAAAUGGCUCAUCAAAUGGAGUUGGUGCCCAUGGAUAGAUCCAAUUUGGAUGUCAGUGAGGGUGAAUUGAAAACAAUCGCUGUGGAAAAGGCUAACAGAGCCAUAAACACCAGAUUCAGUGGAAAAGUUGACUACGAUAUGCUGCUAGUCGUCUUUAAGGAGAACUUCCGCAAAAAGUGGGACAAAAUGCAACCGUCGCCAGACACAGGCAUGCAAGGCUUUGAUGAAUUGGCCGUCAUUGGCGCUGGCUCGUUUGGCAGAGUGAAAUUGGUGCGCGAGAAAUCGACGGGUAAUUACUAUGCUGCCAAAUUCGUGUUGAAGGAAAUGAUCGUUAAGACAAAGCAAGUGCCGCACAUAUUCAAUGAGAAACGGGUGCUGCUCAGCAUCGAUUUUCCCUAUGUGGUUAUGAUGGAUUUCUCGCGAAAGGAUUUCGAUAGUUUAAUCUUUGGCUUACCAUUCAUAAAUGGCGGCGAGCUCUUCACCUAUCAUCGCAGAGUGCGCAAAUUUUCGGAAAAGCAAGCACGUUUUUACUCCGCGCAAGUGUUCCUCGGUUUGGAAUACCUGCAUAAUUUGCAGUUGCUGUAUCGCGAUUUGAAGCCAGAGAAUAUAUUAAUCGAUAAAAAGGGUUAUCUCAAAAUAACGGAUUUUGGAUUUACAAAGCUUGUGGAGACCCGAACUAUGACUUUGUGCGGCACCCCUGAGUACUUGGCACCCGAAUUGAUUAAGUCAAAGCCCUACUCGACCAGCGUCGAUUGGUGGGCCUUCGGAGUUUUGGUUUAUGAAUUUGUCGCUGGUAAUUCACCAUUUGCCAUAUAUAAUCGGGAAGUAAUGAUGAUGUAUAGCAAAAUUUGUGAUGCCGCUUACAAAAUACCACCCACAUUUCCACCAGCGCUAAAGGAUUUGGUACAAAGACUAUUGGUGGUUGAUGCUUCAAAGAGACUCGGCUGCUUGUCGAAUGCUCAAAAAGAUAUAAAAAAUCACGAGUGGUUUAAGGGUGUCGAUUGGUAUGGCCUUUUGAAUCAGCAAAUAGUACCACCUUAUGUGCCACUCAUCACAAAUAUGGAAGAUCUUUCGAAUUUCGACAAAUUCCCUGAGGAAAAAAAAAUGACUAAAUCUAAAACAAAUAAAUACCCUGAUGUAUUUGCCGAGUUUUAAGUGGUAAAUAAAUCGCGUUUAUA